UGAAUGCCAAUGGAGGCGCGAUAUUCGCUAGGUCAUCUCGGACACUAAUACUGAACCAAUUAUUAACCGUUUCUUAUCGUCCAUUCAUUAAGAUGAAACUUUCCUUGUGGAUACAUUGUCCCGUGGCGUCCUGCGCUGUUUCUGAGAUCUUGAUAAUCUCGUGACGGGUCUUUAAAACUUUCUCCUGUUUCUGCUUCACUUGGGGUCUCUUGCGAUAGAGACGUGUGGUCUGUAAGCAUGGCAGGCUUUCUCAAAUCCUUUCCUCGUGUGCUUACAGUUUUACUAGCCACUGUAAUCUUAGGAAUGAAUGCCAAGUCGUUCCAGAAGUAUUUCUUGAAGGAUAUUCUUGCGGUUUACGGAGAAAACGGUUCGCUGGAACUCAAGGGCAUUAACAGUUUAUUGAACGCAAUCUUGCACGUAAAGCCAGUGGAUUUAAACAUUGCUGUGCAUGCUCAGUGUUUGUCCGGAGAACAGAUUCUGCUCCACUAUGGUCUCCAGAACCUCACUUAUUUAACACAAGAUCACUUGGUCAGCAUCUGUCCGGCUCUGCUUAACCAGGCGGUAUUGCCACCAUGUCACACAGAAACUCCCGGACACAGUGAUUCCAUUCCACUUCAUGUAUGGGGAUAUGGCUUCCUGGCCGUUUCAGUUAUUAACCUGGCUUCACUGCUGGGUCUGGCUCUCGUUCCCUUCACUAAAAAAACAUACUUUCCCAAAGUGCUUACAUACUUCAUUGGUCUGGCUAUUGGUACGCUCUUCUCCAAUUCUGCUCUCCAACUUAUACCCGAGGCCCUCGGGUUCGACCCAAAAGUGGACAAAUACGUUCCUCAAGCCGUUGGGAUUUUCGGUGGAUUCUACCUGCUCUACUUCACCGAGAAGAUUCUGAAGAUAAUUCUGAAAGUUGAGCACGAGCACGGUCACUUCCACCCCACAGAGAAUGUUCAACACAAUGGUGUUACUAGUGUGGCAGAUCACAACUUCAAGUUUACCAACGGCGAGAAGACCAGCAUAUCAUCCGACUCUCAAGUACAACAGGGGUCCUGCAUAUGGCUCAGAGGAAGACAGCUGUCCAACGUCAGGACGGUGGCAUGGAUGAUCUCACUGAGCGACGCUCUACACAACUUUAUAGACGGGCUGGCAAUCGGUGCCUCGUUCACUGUGUCCAUUCUCAAUGGCUUUAGCACCUCUAUUGCAAUAGUCUGUGAGGAGUUCCCCCAUGAGCUGGGUGACUUUGUUAUCCUGCUGAAUGCAGGCUUGAGCGUUCCACAGGCCAUCUUCUUCAAUCUGCUGUCUGCAAUGGCCUGUUAUCUGGGUCUGGUUCUUGGAAUCCUGCUGGGCAGCACUUUUGCCCCCAAUGUGAUCUUCGCCAUCGCCGGUGGCAUGUUCCUCUACAUUUCCUUAGCUGACAUGUUUCCUGAAAUGAACAUGAUUGCACGAGAACACGCAAAGAGCACCAGGACAGAAGUUGUUUUCUUCUUAAUUCAGAAUGCUGGACUGCUCACAGGAUUUUCCAUCAUUCUGCUCAUCACCAUGUUUGCUGGCGAAAUAACCCUGGACUGAUUCUUUCUGUUCGUUUUCUUUACAUCAGCGGUUCUCAACUGGCUUUGCAUUAGGAUCUAUAGUUCACAUUAGGUGUCGAGAAGCGACACAGCACCAAAAUCAUUUUUCGUACAAAAGUACAUCAAAAUGUACUAUUAUUUAAAAAAAAAUUAACAACAUGCAAAGUUAAACAUAGAAAGUGAUUUCAUGUAAGCGUAGAUAUGAAAAAAGUGGGAUUUAGAAGUCUGGCAAAAAAAAAACUCUGGGGCAUAAAGCUGUAUCAAUGAAUUUGGGCCAAAAUACAGUCGAGUGCACAGCCAAGAUGCCAGCGACGAAAAUGUGGGACACUCGCUUUUAAAAGUAGCGCAAUUAUUUAUUUUAAUAUCCUUAUGAUUAUAUGAUUAGUUGCAUUUUAAUAUUUAAACUAAGCAUCAAAGCCCAGACCUGUGGAGAUCCACCAGUUGAGAACCCUUAUUUAAUAUUUCAUUUAGUGCCUUCCCAUUCCAGAGGAUACUCUCAUAUAAGUUAUUUAUUUGAGACAAGAUCUACUUUGUUGCUUUUUAAAAUCAUUUGUUAUGCAAGAAACUUGACGAAAUCAUUAGGUGUAACAUUGAUGAUUUAUAAAAGUCGAUUCUGAAUUCUUUUGUACUGUUGUAAAUAAACUGCUCAGACCUAACCAGGUUUUGUAGAAGGCA